UCGCCCCGGGUGCCCAAGUUCAAGGACGCCACCCAGAGCCUGCCGCCGGCGGGGCGGCCCCGCGCGCUGAGCGCCCCUCGGACCCCGGCGAUCGCCCUCGGAGCCCCGCGCGCCCCGGCGGGGCCAUGCCCGGGCGGCGCCGGGACCGCCUGCUGACCCUGCUGCUGCUGGGCGCGCUGCUCUCCGCCGACCUCUACUUCCACCUCUGGCCCCAAGUGCAGCGCCAGCUGCGGCCCCGGGAGCAGCCGCGGGGCUGCCCGUGCGCCCCCCGCGCCCCGUCCUCUCGCCCCGACUCAGCCUUCGCAGCCCCGCACCCCGCCGCCGCACACAACUUUUCCCGGGCCGGGCCGCGGGCGUCUCCGGCAGGCGACCCGGGCCGGGACCCGGGCUCCAAACUACGGGCACUCUUCGCCCACCCGCUGUACAACGUCCCGGAGGAGCCGCCGCUCGCCGGGCCCGAAGACACGCUCCUGGCCAGCCAGGAGGCGCUGCGGUAUUACCGGAGGAAGGUGGCUCGCUGGAACAGACGACACAAGAUCUACAAGGAGCAAAUGAACCUCACUUCCCUGGACCCUCCGCUGCAGCUCCGGACCGGGGCCAGCUGGCUCCAGUUCCACCUGGGAAUCAACCGUCAUGGGCUAUACCCCCGGUCAAGUACUGUGGUCAGCCAACUCCUCCACGACAUGAAGCAGUUUCCCACCAUCAGCGCUGACUACAGUCAGGACGAGAAGGCGCUGCUGGGAGCAUGUGACUGCAGCCAGAUUGUGAAGCCCAGUGGGGUCCACCUGAAGCUGGUCCUGAGGUUCUCGGACUUUGGGAAGGCCAUGUUCAAACCCAUGAGACAGCAGCGAGAUGAGGAGACACCCGAGGAUUUCUUCUAUUUCAUCGACUUCCAGAGACACAACGCCGAGAUAGCGGCUUUCCACCUGGACAGGAUCCUGGACUUCCGGCGGGUGCCGCCUACAGUGGGGAGGCUCGUGAAUGUCACCAAGGAGAUCCUUGAGGUCACCAAGAAUGAAAUCCUGCAGAGCGUUUUCUUUGUCUCUCCAGCCAGCAAUGUCUGCUUCUUCGCCAAGUGUCCGUACAUGUGCAAGACCGAGUACGCCGUGUGCGGCAACCCCCACCUGCUGGAGGGCUCCCUCUCGGCCUUCCUGCCAUCCCUCAACCUGGCGCCCCGGCUGGCUAUGCCCAACCCCUGGAUCCGCUCCUACUCGCUGGCAGGGAAGGAGGAGUGGGAGGUUAAUCCGCUGUAUUGCGACACCGUGCGACAGGUGUACCCAUACAACAGCAGUCACCGGCUACUGCACAUCAUCGACAUGGCCAUCUUCGACUUCCUGAUCGGAAAUAUGGACCGUCACCACUAUGAGAUGUUCACCAAAUUUGGGGAUGACGGGUUCCUCAUCCAUCUCGACAAUGCCAGAGGGUUUGGUCGACACUCCCACGACGAGCUCUCCAUCCUUUCGCCACUCUCGCAGUGCUGCAGAAUAAAGAAGAAGACACUGCAGCAUCUAAGGCUGCUGUCCCAGGACGACUACCGGCUGAGCGAUGUGAUGCGGGAGUCCCUGCUGCAGGAUCCGCUCAGCCCCGUCCUCACGGAGCCCCACCUGCUGGCCCUGGACCGCAGGCUCCAGAUCAUCCUCAAGACAGUGGACGGCUGUGUGGAGGACCACGGGGAACAGUGGGUCCUGGCCGACGACCCCGCAGAACAGUCGACCCCGGACAUGACCAGCUAGGGGGGGCCGUGGCCCGUUUCAGCAUGGAGCCAAGAGAAAGCGUGAGGGCACUCACGUGGCUUCCUCGCGACCAUCUCUCCCCGAUGGACGCUGGAAGCCAAGUCCUGAGCUCAGGACGCAGGUAUGGCCCUGGAAUUCUCUAACAGAGAAGCAGGAACCACUCUCCUCUUUGUCCUGUGGCACCCCUCCUUCUCCAGUGGACAGCCUUGGUGGCCUUCUCCCAGAAAGCAAUGGCAUCCUCCAGGCCACAGACAUCCUAGGAACUCAAUACAAGUCGGCUUGGGAGGUCUGGAAGCCCCCGGCCCCGGGAGGAGUAUUAACUGUAACAAUAAAAGGGCAGC